GGCUCCGCCCAUGCUAAAUAAAAUGAGCAACUGUUAAAAAUGAAGUCAAUGGCUGUGCAUGUGUGUGUGUGUGUGUGAGUGUGCGUGUGUGAGUGCGAGAAAGCUUAGUUGCCCUUAACGUGCGACUUUUAAUAAAUAACCGAAUAACGAAUAAUAUCAGAGCAAUGCAAAUUGAGCGGGCCCCAAAAUUGAGCGAGCGCGCGCCAGUGAGAGAGAGAGAGAGAGUAGGAGCGAGAGCGAGAGUAGCUCAUUCAUUGAAUACUAACAGUGCGGCUAACAGCGCAUUAACAGCGACUCAGACAGUCACUGUGACUCAGGUAAACUGAAGUCGUGAGAGCGCUGCACCAUUGAGUGCAAUCGACUUGCGCUCUGUGACUGUUGGUGUUGUUGUUACUGUUGGUGGUGGUAGUAAAUAUAUGAGUACGCGAUCGAGUCAGAUGCUGAGACUGUGAUUUAUCAGAGAGCUACAAAAACAUGUUACUGCUGCUAGUGGUGGUGUUUGUGUGUGUAUGUGUGAUUGGAGUACUGCUAGCCGCUGUUGUUGCAUGUAUAUAGAGACUGGGAGUUGGCCAACCGAGCGACACACAGAAAUGCUUCUUGCCAGCGACGAGUUUGAGCAAGAAAUCAGUCGUCAGCUAGUAGCCCAGGUGUGAGUUACACACAUCGUGAGUACAGAGCGCGUUGCGUGUAUCUUAAGCCGAAACAGAGAAUCACUUCAAACAGUUCCCAACGUUCAAUUCUACGCAGCGACUGCUAAACAAACCCAAACAAAAAAAAAUUAAUACAAUUUAAACAGACAGAGACUGAUCCACACAGAUCGCAUAGUGCUGAAAAAGUGUUGUGAAAAUACAAAUUAAAAUCUAAAGAAACUGCCACGUGCAAUUAAAAAGUCAUCAGCUAUAAAAUACACGACUUCCAUACGCAAAAACCCAAACAGAAGAACCCAAGAUGAAUCAGACGUGCAAAGUGUGCGGUGAGCCAGCGGCGGGCUUUCAUUUCGGCGCCUUCACAUGCGAGGGCUGCAAGUCCUUCUUUGGACGCUCGUACAACAACAUAAGCACCAUUAGCGAGUGCAAGAACGAUGGCAAAUGCAUUAUUGAUAAGAAGAACCGGACCACGUGCAAGGCCUGCCGUUUGCGCAAGUGCUACAAUGUGGGCAUGUCCAAGGGCGGCUCGCGCUAUGGACGUCGCUCCAACUGGUUCAAGAUACACUGUCUGCUGCAGGAGCACGAGCAGGCAGCCGCUGCGGCAGCUGGCAAGGCGCCGGGUCAUGCCACCGGGUCGCCCAUGAGUUCUCCCGGAUUUGGUGACUUGGCCGCGCAUCUGCAGCAACAGCAGCAGCAACAUCAACAGCAGCAGCAACAACAGCAUCAGCAUCAACAGCAACAGCAGCGUCAUCCACACCUGCCGCCGCUGCUUGGCUAUACUGGCUAUCAUUUGCCGGAACACUUUGGUGCACGACAUCCGGCUGAUGCAGCCGCUGCUGCCGCCGCAUUGCCCUUCUUCAGCAUGAUGGCCACACCACAGUCGGCAUUCCAGCUGCCGCCUCACUUGCUAUUCCCGGGCUAUCAUGCCAGCGCUGCUGCGGCGGCCGCUGCGGAUGCUGCCUAUCGCCAGGAGAUGUACAAGCAUCGCCAGAGCGUAGACUCCGCCGCCUCGGCCGAGUCGCACAGCCGCUACACGCCGCCAACUGUGGCAACAGUGGCUCAGCAGUCACAGCCACAGCCAGCGGCAUCGCCCAUUGACGUCUGCCUGGGCGCUGACGAUGAUGUGCAGUCACAGCAUAGUCACAGUCACAGUCAGAGUCCACACACCAUACACACGCCAGUUGCCAUACGCGCCACGCCGCCGCAGCAGCUGCUGCCUGGUUUGACGACCGCCUCGCACUCCAGCUCCGCCUCGCCCACACCCAGCAAAUCGCAGAGCAGCAGCCCACUGAGCUUUACGGCCAAAAUGCAAUCACUUUCACCUGUCUCCGUGUGCUCCAUUGGCGGAGAAACAGCAGCAGCGAAUGCAGCGGCAUCGGCAGCCGCUGCCGCCCAAGAUGGACCCAUGGAUCUGAGCAUGAAAACGUCGCGCAGUUCGGUGCACAGUUUCAAUGACAGCGACGUGUGCAGUCUGCAGGAUGAGCACGAGUUGGCGCCGCGUCGCAAAUACUAUCAGCUGGAGGCCGAAUGCACCACCAUCACCAACACCACCAACAGCUGCAGCAGCAGCACCAGCACCAGCAGCAGCAACAGCUCCACAUCCUCCACAGAGGCAGCCGUUGCCGUCAAGCGGCAGAAGCUCAACCCCAUUGGCGGUGAGUCGCCGCCGUUUGGCGGUUUCGCUGUGACCCACAAUGCGUCCAGCGCCAUGCGCAGCAUCUUUGUGUGUGUCUAGUGUGGUUGUGGGUGGAGCCAAAAGGCAAUCAACUCAUUUGCCUCGUCGUCGUCGUCGUCUGCGUCGUUGUUGUUGUUGUUAUUUUUUCUCCGUUUAGUGUUGUUGGUAUAUAUAUUUUUUUGUAUUUUUAUCUUUUCGUGUGCGGUUUGAAUUCGAUUUGCGCCGUCGAAAUUGAAAUUUUUAUGGACAGGUUUGAGAGCUGCGCCUGCGCUUAGAGAGUUGAAAAGAGACGGCUAUAGCUGCAGCAAGCACACACACAUACACACACAAACACACACACACACUAUUGAGCUCAAAUCC